AUGUCAACUUUGGGCGAUAUAACGAUAAUUGAAAAUCAAAUAUCCAAUGCUAAAUUAUCUGCUGUCAAAGCAUUGCAUUUCAUUUGUUACGGUGAUGAAGGCGAACCACGUAAGGUCCGUAGAGCGCUACGUAAAUUUUCGGGUUUUGUGUGGGACAGAAACUCAGACCAACACUCGACGAAAGUACAAGACGUUCAUAAACAACUAAGACUCCCAGACCUGAUAACCGUUUCCAAUAUGCUUGGCUUGGAUUAUAGUGGAACCGAUGACGUAAUUAUCGAUCGUAUAUGCUCAUUUUUAAUAAAAUUCGAAUAUGGCUUUGAACAAAAUGAUGAAUCGGAGAGAGAUGACGAAAAUGACGACGAGACGGAAAACACUGACGACGAAAAUGAAAACAGUGACGUAGAAAAAUAUUCCUCAAGACAUGACAAAUUCAAUAGACGAAAAAUGAAGGAAAAACAGAGUUUUUCAUUGACUUUUCGAGACGUGGAAGAUAGUAUCAAGUCGUUUGACGGAAAAGACGAUUAUCCAAUAGAAAGAUGGAUCGAGGAUUUCGAAGAAAUUGCAGAAGUGACGGGAUGGAAUGACUUGCAAAAGUUGAUAUUUGCAAAGAAAUCUUUGAAAGGUCUCGCGAAACUAUUUAUACAAUCUCAAAAAGGUAUUAGAACUUGGAGUAUUUUGAAAAGAAGAUUGAUUCAAGAGUUUGAAGUCAAGGUGAACAGUGCACAAAUACAUAAAAUUUUGAUGUUUAGAAGGAUAAGACAUGACGAAAAUGUUCAAGAAUAUGUAUUGAUCAUGAGGGAAAUAGCUAGUCGAGCUAAUAUAGAAGAUGAAGUUAUCAUUCAAUACAUCAUAGACGGGAUACAAGACGAAUCAUUAAAUAAAGUUAUAUUGUAUGGUGCCAGAAACUUUCAAGAAUUCAAGGAAAAAGUGAAACUCUAUGAAACUAUUUCCAAGAAACAACCUGUAAGAUGUAUCAAACCUUCCAAGACGAAAAGAGACGAAAUGAGACAUAAGGAAAAACAUGAAUUUAAGAAGGAAUAUAGAGCUGAAAUUAGUCAUCAAAAUAGGUAUAAGCAAGAUCUUUGUUAUAAUUGUGGAAGCCACGGUCAUAAAUCCAAAGAGUGUCCAGACAGAAGUAAAGGCGUGAAAUGUUUUAGUUUUGUAAGAAAUUUGGUCAUUUAUCAUCGAACUGUCCUGACAAAAUUUCACAACUGA